GUCCUGCCUUUGAUGAGACUAAUCCUUUCAGUAUCUCUUCAUGCUGUGUUGCCGUGGUUUCACUGGAUCCAAAUCCCAUCAGUGGGAUGUGUGACUCAGGCUGCAAAAACAAGUCCCUUUCCCUUUUUAUGAAUGAAUGCCCGAGUCCCCGUGAUGCGCUCAGCCAAUGAGAAGCCCGCACCUGCACCGUUUGCAGCUCUGCAGCAACAAGAGGUCACUACACUUGGAAACGUGGAGGAGAGCACGCACAGCACAGCAAGGCACGGCACAGCACGGCUCGACACAGCAGCGACAGCCUGCAGCAGCUUCAGUCGGAUCAGCCAGGCCUUCUCACACACACAUGCGCACACACACACACAAAUACAUCACAGACGGGCUUUUUUGCAGCACACCGCGAUGCCGCUGAGUAACGGCAACACCGUGGCCGCGGAGAGACGCAUGGAUCUGGCCUCUCUCUUCUGCAUGAUCGGGCGCCACGGUCCCGCCGUGGCUCUGGCUGUCAUUGCGAUCGUGUCGGUGCUGGCGGGUUUCAUCAUCUACCGGACCGUGAGGGGGAAGCGGAGGAAGGCCACCGCCGGGGACGGUGACAGCGGGAGCCCCGGAGCGGAGAAGGACGCAUCGGUGAUCCCUCCUGAGGAAGCACACAGCUCCGUGGAGUCAACAGACGUUAGUGAUGAAGGCUCAUCAGACGUGAAGCAGGAUGUUGAGCCGAUUCAGCAUGAUCUCAAACUGAGGCACCGCCGUGCCGCUCCUGAGAAGAAACCUCCACUUUAUUCCCCUCCUGAGAGUGACAUCCAAGUCCCAGCCAACAAGCGCAGCACUUCAGAUAACACAGAGGAAAUGGCAGCUGUGUUUGACUCACACGAAGAGGCAGAGACGUAUGCAGAAGAGGCCACUCCGAGCCUGCUAAGUGAUACUUACACUGAGGCUGAAAUGGUGGUGGAGGAUGCUGUUGAUUGCCAGCAGGGCGAAACAGAUGACAUGAUUAAGGAUGUGUUGGAAGAGGUCCAUGAUAAUGAUAGCUGCUGGAAGGAGCCUGAGCCAAUUAGUGUGGAGAACCACAAGGAGGAAGAGGAGGUGUUAGAGGCAGAAUCCCAGGAAGAGGAGGACGCAACCACAGACAAGGGCGUUUCUGACAAGACGAGAGAAGAGGAGGAAAACUCCCAGUGUGCUUUGAAGAGUCCAGUGCACUUUGAACAAACCCUGAAUGAAAACAGCAAUGAUGACAGACUACAAGCUGAUCAAACCAUAAACGACAAAGAGUCCAACUCGGAAGAGCCUGCCAUUCAUAUUGAAGAUAUACCGAUCCCUCCCAUCUGUCAUGGUGAAGAUGAAGAGUUUCAGGAAGAGAGCCCAGAUAGUAUUGAUUACAGUAGUUAUUCCGGCAACACUCAUCUCUCUCCAGAAGAGGAAGAGAAAAAUGAGGGUGAUGAGGCAAAGGGGGAGUAUGAAGACCAACAGGUAAUUGGUCAGCAAGAUGAGAUCUGGUCCUCAACAUCUGAGCAAGAAAUAAACUUGCCAUCUACACAGCAGGAGCAGUGUGAUGUGACAGACAAGGUGACACCACCUAGUCAGGAUAGUGGUAGGGUUGAAGAUGAUGAUCUAGCUGGUGAAGAGGUUACAGAUGAAGAUGGCUUGAACCAACUUACAGCUGCCAAAUUUGACACCUGCUCAUCAGAGUUCGAUGAGCAAGAUGGGGAGAUUGAACAAGAGGAAAAUGGUCUAACGUGUGACCAAGAGGACGGUGUUCUCGACAGUGACCAAGGGGAAGAGAAAAUGACCCCUGACGACAUUGUUGCCUGUAAUGAAGAACAAAACAGUCCAAGUGUGGCAUCCAGUCCUGCUGUGCCCUGUUUGAGUGCACCCAUAAAAAUUGAUAAUCAUCAUGAUGGCCUGUCAGGUGUCACUACUGAUGCAAAAGCUCAAAUCUCAGGCAUUGCAGAACUCCCUGACUCGCCAACGGAUUGUCAACCACCACAGAAAGAAGAUGAAAUAGCUUCAUCUGUGGAUGAAGAUGCUGAUUCUACUGCUCUCGGCCCUCAAAUGCCAUCAAAUGAGCCAGAUGGUCAGUCUGAAAACAAUGAAAAUGGCACAACUAUGGUGUCAAAUAAAGAAUGGGAUGACCAAGUGAAUGAUUCUCAUUUUCAGUCUUGCUACGAAGACCAACAAAGUGUCCAGACAAAAAGAAAUGAAGCGGAAGAGGCAAGUGUUGCCUUUGCGCCUGACAUAGUACUUUGUGAUGGUGAAAUCAUUACCACCCCUGUAAUGGCUGAGAUUUUUGACAAGGCGAGUGUUGCUGUUGAUCCUGAAACGGCUGAAAACAUACCAUCUGUAAUAGUUGAAGAUGUAUCAUUUCCUCAGCUGCCAUCCAUUUGCCAAGACCAGCAAAGUGACUGCAUCUGGGAAAGUGAAGCUUUUGACAAAAUGAGGGAUCCUUCUACAACAGGUGCAGCUACUUACAAUAAUGCUAGCCUUACUGCAUUUUUAACAUCUGAGGAAAAGCCUGGCUCUGACAUGUUGUCCUCCUCCCAAGACCUAAAAAGUGACCACAUGGAAAAUAACAAAACCUUUGAAGAGACAAAGGUUAAUUCUGCCAUAGAGGCACCUGCUUGUGAUGAUGCUGCCAUAACUUCACCAAUAAUAUCUGAAGAAUCUCAGCCUGACAUGUUUUCCUCCUACCAAGACCAACAAAGUACUGCUCCUGCCAUGACCAAGGUCAUGGACAACCCCUUGUAUCAAUAUUACUUGCUGAAUUUGGAGCAAUGUCAGAUAGGGGAUAAUGACAUAUCAUCUGCUUGUGUUGGUGAGGAGAGUGGGAUUUCAAGCAUGACUGUCAGCCCUGAUGCUGGUAAUGAGUUUGACGUGAUCUUUGAAAAUAUGCCCGUUCCGGUGAUGAAUUGUGAUCUACAGUCCAAGGGACAAUCAGAGGCUCAAAACCACCUCUUUGCCGAUGAUAUAGCCUUAUCCAUCAUUAAAGAGGAAACAGCAGGUAUGGUGUUUGGGCCUUACCCAUCAUGUCACUCCCAGCCUACCCCCAGUCAGCUCACAUAUCGGACUUCUUAUGAAUCAUUUGCAGCCAACGAGGACGUUUUUGGCCAUGAGGUUGAGGAGAGUUACCACAGAGUGAUAGAUCAGUUUUGUGUGCAGAUUGCAGACAGUGUUGCUAGCUUCACAGAUGAGCUGGAAAAGCAGAGGGAUGUGAAAGUUGUUGUCGAGGAUGUCGAGGUCAAAGAGAAGAAGGUAAGAGUAAGUGCUGAAAAUAAAGACGAAACAAAAGCAGAGGAGAAAGAGGAGGACUAUGAAAGGACUGAAAUCAGUAUCAUGGAGGCAACUAUGGACCAUAAUGAAUGGAUCAUGGAUAGUAACUACCAAGUCCUUCCCUGGAUGAAUCUCUCUGCCCCAUCUUUUGCCCAAGACCACUCAAAAACCAACCAGCUGCCCACUGAAGAGUGCCAAAGCAGCUCUGCUGUAAUGGACACCACUUGUACAGAUACAGAUAUCCCACCUUCCACUGAAGUCAAACAAACCAGCACUCUCUCCCUUGUCGACGAAAACACGGAAACUAACAAAAAGGUUGUGGCGGUCCAGCCCAUGACCCAGAAUGUCAAUGUGACCUUCCGUAUCCAUUAUUUAACCUAUUCACCGUACCAAACGGUGGCCAUCACAGGGAACCAGCAGGAGCUGGGGAACUGGAAGGGGUUCGUCCCGCUAGAGAGAGCCAAGGAUGGGCACUGGUCUGUGGUCGUCAGCCUGCCUGCAGAGAGCCACGUGGAGUGGAAAUUUGUGGUCGUAGACAAGGGUGAAGUGUGUCGCUGGGAGGAGUGUGGCAACCGUCUCCUCGAUACAGGCUUCGGAGAUGACCUGCUGGUGCACAAAUGGUGGGGACGCUUGUGAGAGGUGAGGUGUGAGGAAGAUUGAGGGUGGUACAGUGAGCUUUGGUACUGGAUACUGAACCAGAUCGAGGUCAAGUUUAUUGCACAGACUGUCACAAGGACCCACAUGAUGAUACAUACCUAUUUAUACUGUAUCAUAUCAUGAAAACAUCCUAGUAAGAAUUCGUUUAGCAAAUUUGAGGGUCCUCAAGAGGUGUACUGUGUUGGUAAAACUGGUAUACAUUUGAAGGGUUAAAGGUUGAACGAAACAUAUUUUAAAUGUCAGUGUUACAUAUAAUCAUUGUUGUGAUGUUGCAACUUUUAAGUUGAACCAUUUUCAGCUCAGAUUCCUUGAUGUAUUUUGACCCACAUACUUUUAACACCAUGAUCAGUGGGAUAAAACCGUCAUCUAAUGGGACUUUUCUCAGAGGACUGCCCUCUAAUAGCCAGUGAUUAAGUGAAUCUUUCAGGGAACUGAAAGGAUUGCCACCAGUACACAGAAGCAUUACAUAAAAUGUCUUCCCUUUUUCUGUGGCAGUAUCUAUAAUUAUGCAAAUUGGACCUCUUUAAAAGGGUUACGUGAUGGAAGUGUUUAAUUUGUGUAAAUGGAGAUUUUAUUAUACUGUCCAUAUGCUGCUUGAAUAUCCCCCAACAAUCUAUGAGAAUUAAUGCACAUAGUUCACUUUUACUACAGCAAUAAUGAAAGCAAUAAAUGUAUAUUGUAUACUAUAUGACUGGUGUUAUAUCAGGUAUUCUAAUGUGUUUACCACUAAACUGUGAUAUAGUUGUAACUUCGAUGCUGCUUCUAUCCCGUGGGACUGUGUGCAUGCAAGAUUGUCCCAUCAUUGUUCCAUGAAUGUGCCUUUCAAUCAUGAUUUUUCUAUUAAUUUGUCAUAGUACAUCAAAAUUGUGUGGCUUUUGUUUUAAAACAGCUUUGCUGGCCAUCAGUUUCAAUGUUUCACGACAGCUGUAUUAAAUGACUUACAGUAUAUUGAUUAGUUUCUUAAAAACAACGGUCACCUCUUUUUGUCAAGUUUCAGUGCUUCAUUAAUUUAGACCAUAGUCUUGAUAUCUCAGAUCAUGUCAGAGUAUCUUGUUAUGCAAUACUGUGAUGAUAAUGCUAAUCUUGAAUGUCAUUAAGGUGAAGUUGGUUACCAAAUAAACUAAUCUUCCAAAUAUG